UACCACUACUAACAUGCACAUUUUUAUCCUAAUUACAAUUUUAUUUGUCUCUAAUUUCUCAGUGGCAAAAAAAGCUAAAAUUUUGCAUGUCGAAUUCUAUCUGCACGAUAUUGUGGGUGGCUCUAAUCGUAGUGCAGUUCAAGUUGCUGGUCAGUCUUCUAAUGUAACUGGGCUUAACCCAAUUACUAGCAUGUUUGGGUCGGUUUUUGUCAUGGAUAAUGCUCUCACAUCCACGCCUAGUUUAAACUCAACCCUUGUGGGCCGUGCACAAGGACUAUAUGCCAUGGCUUCGCAGCAUAACGAGUUUAGUCUCUUGAUGACUCUUACAUUUCACUUUAUUCAAGAAUCUUAUAAUGGUAGCUCGUUCAGUGUGGUUGGUAGGAAUCCAGUUAUGAGUGAGAUCCGAGAGAUGCCAAUCGUUGGUGGUACAGGUGUUUUUAGGAUGGCACGUGGAUAUUGUUUAGCUAAGACAUACUCAAUGGAUCAAAUGGAUGCUGUGGUGGGAUAUAAUGUCACUAUUUUUCUUUAGGAGUUGUGUGUUUAGCUAGAUGAAUUUUGAGUUAUUUGCUUAUGUUUUGCCAUUCUAUUAUCUUUCUCAUGAAAUUAUUAUAUAAAUACUUGAAUGACAACUAAUCU